CGUUGGAGAGAUUUCCCUUCAGCCAGAGUGGUGUUUCCAAAUAGCACCGUGAUUCCACUGAUGGGGCUGCCCUGGACGUCCCCACACGCAUGCGCGUUACAGCAGCCCGUCAAUUCGAAACCCAACGAGGGAAAACAAACGUGCUGCACCGACAACUGAGGACUGCGUCGCGCACUGAAGCACAGCGGGUUUGCCCUGACCGAAGGCGAGGAACUUCACACACUGGAAACAAGUCCAGAGCGCUGCACCACGGUGGGCAGCCCUGAUCAGCUGGCAGAGAUCACAGGAGAACUGUGAGUUCACACUGGAAUAACUGCCUUGACGUCAUGCCGGUCCAUGUGCUGUCAGAGGGGACGGGGCCAGGCACCCAGGUGCCGACACAUCUGACCAGGAUUCCUGUCUCUCUGAUCAACAUCAGCACAGACUGCUCAAGCAGAACAGUUAAGGGAAAAGUGGUUCAUAAAGGUCCACUGGUGUCGCUUACAGCUGACAACUUCACCUUGAAGACUGUCAUCCAAGAAGAAGAUUCCCAGCCAAACACCUCCUCUCAGCCAUCGUCCAUUAAUGUUGUCUUAAUGGGAGCGCUGGCCAAGGACUUCAACCAGGCUGUCAAUCAAGGGGAUGUGGUGGUGCUUUCUGGAUUCACUGUGGGCAAAUCUCCAACAGUUAAUAUGGACAGGCUGCACCCAUAUAACCUGCUGCUGUCAGGAGAUGAUGCCAACAUCUACGUCUCCCGCCUGCCGACUCCUCCUGACCCCGGACCCCAGCCAGCCGUCAAGAGGAGCUCAGCGCUCUCUGCACAGGUGUCCAGACCAGCCAAGGCUCCAAAAUACACAUAUGUGCAACUGGGUGACCUGAAGGCUGGACCUGCAGUGAGCGUGUACGGAGUGGUGACCUUCUUCAAACAGCCAUAUAAGUCCCGUGGAACAGAUUUCUGCUCCAUCCUGAAGAUUGCUGAUCAGUCCAAAAAGGAGAUUCUCUGCAAAAUCUUUUGUAAGAAGCUGGAGGACCAUCCCAAAAUCUUUCGAGUUGGAGACAUCGUCCGCUUACAUGGAGUCAAGCCUCACUCCUACAAGAACUCCAUUGAGCUGCUCAAAACCUUUGGUUUCUCUGCAUUGACAUUUGAUGGAGUGGUUGGCAGACCCAUAGAGCCACGCACCUCCAGCAGCUCCUUCCACUUUGACCAGGAGGACCAGCAGCGGGUGGAGGAGCUGAGGUCCUGGGCUGCAGGUCAGGGUUUCCUCCCUCCAGUGUCCCCCAUCACUCUGUCAGCUGUUGAACCCAAACAUUACUUUGACCUGACCUGCCAGCUGCUGGCCAAAGCUCCCAUCGACACCACCUGUGUCCUGUUGAGGGUGUGGGACGGGACCAGGUGUCCUUACACAUUACUGAAGGUGAUCGUGGAGCCCAACGUCACAGAAGGACCAUCCUCCUUCUCUGCAGAGAAAGAAGAGCUCAUCGCCAACGUCCUCAUCUACGACAACCACGUGGAGUCGGCCAAGCAGGUCAAGCCCGGUGACUUCCUGAGGAUCUACAACCUCAGAGCAAUCCCAGGAUCCAGUAAGGUUCCAGGCCUCACCAGCAGCCAGGCGGUGGAGGUGGAUCACAUGGCUUUUCACCUGCAUGGUGGGACGGCGUUUGGCAGGGGGAUCCGGGUUCUUCCAGAAGACAGCCCUGACGUGCAGGAUCUGAAGAGAGUCAUUGAGGCGUUCCAGGAGGACGAGGGGCUGAGUGACUCUGAAAUGCUGGAGAUGUGGUUCACCCCACCUGAAUCUUUGGAUCCUGUCCUUGUGGAGAGCUGCACAGAGAGAAGAUGUAGUCACAACACUCAGCCUGUGACGUUGUCCCUGCUGAAGCAGUCUAAACCAGGUCGAUUCAACCACAUCAGUGUCCAGCUGAGAUCCUACGAGCCCCACAGACUCCACCAAGCUCUGAAACUUUACUGCAGCAAGUGUAAAACCAUGCAGGAGGUUCCAGAUGAUGAGCUGGUCGCUGGUCUCUUUUCAGAGGCAUCUAAAGACUCUGAGUCCUGCAGUCCUCCGCUGUGGGCGCUCUCAGGGCAGAUUGACAUCCCCGGAGGUUCAGCUCCUCGAGCUCUAAAUGUUUACCUCUCCACCCAGCUCAUGUCCGAGGGGAAAUCCAACAAGCUCAUCUUCCUUAGGGGUUCAACUUUGGAGGAAACGUGUCACCUAGCAUCCACCUAUCAGAACAUAGUCCCCGUGAUGUCAUCAGGAGGCGACCUGACUCUGCUUGACCUGUCGGCACCUUUCCUGUUCAGAGGCAGGAGGAGAUACUACGGGUGUCCGCAGUGCUCCGAGGCUACAGUGAGAGAACCAUGUGCUGUGGGAGUGGAGCCGAUCGAUGAGAAAAUCAUUGCUGAAGCUCUUGGCAUUCAGCUGCUUCAGUUCGUCUUACUGAUGAAGUUUAAGCUUCAGGACAACACAGACACGCUGGACGUCUUCCUGUGGAAGGACGCUGAGUUGUUCUUUGGUGUGUCAGCAGAGGAUGCAGCAGCCAAUCAGGAGGCUCAGAACAGCAUCCGGCAGAUGAUGGACUACCUCUGCCCACCAGGGGGCAGCACUGGUGAGCGUCCAUGGUUGGAUUUGUGUCUGACAGCGUACCAGACGAAGGACAGUGGAGGAGAAAACCAAACGUGCUUUCAGAUCUGUCAGACCACCUUCACCAAAGCCUCCUCCUCCUCUUGCACAAACUCAAAUGCAGCCUGAAACACCUGGAGGUCAAAGAUCACUAGGAAAUAUGAACUCUUCACCUGGUUUUCCCAAAUUUUGUUUAGUUUCUCAUGUGAUUUGUGCUUUAUUUAAACCUGUUAUGUUCGAUAAAUGUUCAUCCAAUUUUACUGUGACCGUACAAAACUCUGCUGUUUCCUAACCAGCUUAUAGAGCUUAUUUUCAAAUAAAGAAAUAUAAUUUUCA